UUUCCUACUCUGACCGACUUUGCGUUUCUUACAGGUACCGUCCAACUUAGGCCAUUCUCGAAAACGUUUACACCUGAAUUAGUGCGUAAGAGGAUAGCCCUUCCAGGCCCCGUUUUCCGCGUUUUUUAAUUAUUUAUUUCCGUGUAAACUGCAGUCUUGAUAUAAAAAACAUUGAUGGUCGAUAAUUUAGCCCUGAGUUGAGGGCCCCGGGGAGAACUGCAAAGAAUUAUAAAGUCAUCUCAAACCUCACUUUAUAUUCAGAGACAUGGCUCGACCUCGGCCGCGGGAAUACAAGGCAGGAGAUUUGGUUUUCGCUAAGAUGAAGGGAUACCCGCACUGGCCGGCGAGGAUUGAUGAGCUUCCAGAAGGAGCUGUCAAACCGCCUGCCAACAAGUACCCCAUCUUCUUCUUUGGGACACAUGAAACUGCAUUUUUGGGCCCCAAGGAUCUUCUGCCUUACAAGGAAUAUAAAGACAAAUUUGGGAAGUCCAACAAGAGGAAAGGCUUCAAUGAGGGCCUGUGGGAGAUUGAGAACAACCCCGGAGUCAAGUUCACAGGUUAUCAGGCCAUCCAGCAACAGAGUUCAUCAGAAACAGAAGAGGGGGGAAACACUGCUGAUGGCAGCAGUGAGGGCGAGGAGGGUGACUCUGUUGAGGAGGAAGAUGACAAGGAAAAGCUGAAGGGAGACAAAACCGGAUCCAAACGGAAAAAGACAGCCACCUCCAAGAAAUCCUCCAAGCUGUCGAGGAUCUCAUCUGGAGAGGAUGACCUGGAGAAGGAUGGGAAAGAUGACGACCAGAAGAGCGGUUCAGAAGGAGGAGACCCUGACAAUGACAUCAUCCAAAAUACCACCGACAGUAAGAACCAGCUGCUCAUAGAAGAACAUUAAGUGAAGAAAGCAUGAAAGGGAAAUCAUUCUUUGUAGCUAUGAUGUUGGAAAGGUGAAUCCACAACAUGAUUUCUCAUCUGCACCAUCCACUGGCUGCCAUCAUCACCUCCUCUUCACUGUUGGACUCCCAAGAUGCACCCAUACUGGUACUGGCACCAGUCAUCUUGUUGAUACCAGGGUAAAACUGGGCAUUAUGUCACACAGUUUUGUCAGUGUUUCAGCUUAAUAUAUGGGGCCCUGACAGAAAUCAAAGCAAAGCCUCUAUAAUCUUGAAUUUUCUAAAAUCGACAGAUUAAGAUUUUUAAUCGGUUUUAUCCAGUGACUCUGAAUGCUUGUAAAUUUAUAUUGUUAAGUAAACAUAAAAUACAGGAUAUUUAAAGGGGCAUUAAAUACUUGAAAACUUUUGUCAUGCUCUCAGCAACCAUUAGCAGCUGCAAUAGAUUUAACUUUGUUUACAUGUAGCUUUUUUCUGUUAGGGUUGUAGAAAUAGCCCCUUUAGAAUAAAAAUGUUUAGGUAUACCCCUUUCAGGAUGGCACUAUGGUUAGCACUGUUGGCCUCUGUGUGUGGAGUUUGCAUGUUCUCCCUGUGCCUAUGUGAGUUUUCUCCGAGUGUUUCCUCCCACAGUCCGACCCACAGACGUGCAGGUUAAUUGGUGACUUCUAAUUGCCCACAGGUGUGAAUGGUUAUUUGUCUCUAUGUGUCAGCCCUGCAGUGGACUGGCGAUCUGUCCAGGGUGUACCCCACCUCUCACCCAAUGGCAUGUGGGAUGUGCUCCAGCCCCUCUGUACCCCUUUCAGAACCUGUUAAGUGAUGGUUAAUUGUUAAGCAAUGGUGGGUGGUGUGGUUGGCUCCCUUUUUCCUUUUCAUCUGCAAUAAUGAAACUAAAUCUCUUGCUUCACUAGAAAACUUACAAGUAAAAUGCCCAUCUUUUUCAAAAGUUACACUUGCAGAUUUCAUCAGCCAGUGGUUUUGUUGGCUCAGACGUCCCACUGGGAUAUACUGACAGGAACCAUUAAUGAUUUCAUUUGAAGGAAAAAAUAUACAAACCGCAGCCACCUGCAAAGUCAUAAUUUGACAAUAAAGAGAGCAAAGCUAGCGCAAGCUAAAGUCCAGUGAAGAAGGAAUAUUUCUGCAUGUUUAAUACUACCAUAAAUGUGUCUUGUUUUGGAGUGAGAAUGAGGCUGUUUGAUAGCAGAAACGUAUUUUUGGUUGGUGAACAGCUGAACAUACCAGCCAAUAUUGAGCUCACAGAGAAACAUCCAUGAAAUAUGUUUUUAGCACAGCAGACCAGAGGCUAGCUCUACUCUAGCUAACUAGCCAUAGCUCUGCUGUACUGUAACUGCAGUGAGGAUUUUUUAUAUAAUUUUGGCUUUAUAUAAAAAAAAAAAAUAAGGGUUUAACACAAGCCCAUCGGGAGUUAACCUUCACAAAACAACUACUGGCAAGUUUUAAAGGAUGAAUGAAAAUAAAUGUCAGCAAAAAUUGGAUGCUAUGCUAAUCUGUGUAAAAAAUAUAAAUAAAUAUGGAAGAAGAUUUUUGUCCAGGGACAGUAACACAGCUUCUUAAGGUGUAGGCUCACUCUGUGUUUUUUUUUAACUACUAUAUUAACA